CCCGAACCCCAAGACCGACUUCGCCGCCGCCCAGCGGACUCGCCGUCCUCACAGCCACCGGGAUGAGGUGAUCACCGCCGAGAUGACGGGGCUCUGGCUGGGGCUGGUCGCGCAAAAGCUAUUCGUCUGGGGCGCGGCGAGCGCCGUCUCCCUGGCCGGCGCUACCCUGCUCCUCAGCGUCCUGCAGAUGUUAGCAAGCUACGCGCGGAAGUGGCUGCAGAUGAAGCCCAUACCGACCGUGGCCUGCGCCUACCCCUUGGUAGGACACGCGCUGCUGAUGAAGCCCAACUCCACGGAAUUUUUUCAACAGCUUAUACAGUACACAGAAGAAUUCCGACACAUGCCACUGCUGAAACUCUGGAUUGGGCCAGUGCCAAUGGUGGUCCUUUAUCAUGCAGAAAAUGUGGAGGUAAUUUUAGCUAGUUCGAAGCAAAUUGACAAAUCUUUUGUGUACAAGUUCAUACAACCAUGGCUUGGUUUAGGACUUCUUACAAGUACUGGAAUCAAAUGGCGCUCCAGGAGAAAAAUGUUAACGCCCACUUUCCAUUUUACAAUUCUGGAAGAUUUCUUAGAUGUCAUGAAUGAACAAGCAAAAAUACUGGUUAAUAAGCUUGAAAAACAUGUUAACCAAGAGGCAUUUAACUGCUUUUUUUAUAUCACUCUUUGUGCCUUGGAUAUAAUCUGUGAAACAGCUAUGGGGAAGAACAUUGGUGCUCAAAGCAAUGAAGAUUCCAAGUAUGUCCGUGCAGUUUAUAGGAUGAGUGAUAAGAUUUUUCGAAGAAUGAAGAUGCCCUGGCUUUGGCUUGACCUUUGGUACCUUAUGUUUAAAGAAGGACGAGAACAUAAAAGGGACCUAAAGAUCCUACAUACUUUUACCAAAAAUGUCAUUGCUGAACGAGUCAAUGAAAUGAAGACAAAUGAAGAAAGUAAAGGUACUGACUCGGGUCCUGUCUUCUCCAAAAAGAAGGGCAAGGCUUUUCUUGACUUACUUUUAAGUGUGACUGAUGAUGAAGGGAACAAGCUAAGUCCUGAAGAUAUUCGAGAAGAAGUUGACACCUUCAUGUUUGAGGGCCACGAUACAACUGCAUCUGCAAUAAACUGGUCCUUAUACCUAUUGGGUUCUUAUCCAGAAAUCCAGAAGAAAGUGGACAAUGAACUGGAUGAAGUGUUCGGGAAAUCUGAUCGCCCUGUGGAUUUGGAAGACCUGAAGCAACUUAAAUACCUGGAUCUUGUCAUUAAGGAGUCCCUUCGCAUUUUCCCUCCUGUUCCUUUAUUUGCCCGGCGACUUAAUGAAGAUUGUGAAGUGGCAGGUUACAAAGUUGUGAAAGGCACUGAAGCCGUCAUUGUUCCCUAUGCGUUGCAUAGAGAUCCGAGGUACUUCCCAAAUCCUGAGGAAUUCCAGCCAGAACGGUUCUUUCCUGAGAAUGCACAAGGACGCCAUCCAUACUCGUAUGUGCCCUUCUCUGCUGGACCUAGAAACUGUAUAGGUCAAAAGUUUGCUGUGAUGGAAGAAAAGACCAUUCUGUCCUAUAUCCUGAGACAGUUUUGGGUAGAAUCCAACCAAAAAAGAGAAGAACUUGGCCUCUCAGGAGAGUUGAUUCUUCGACCAAAUAAUGGCAUUUGGAUUACAUUGAAGAGGAGAAACCCAGAUGAAUCCCAACUCUGUACUCCAGCUGUGCCCUUAUCAUGAAAAAGAUCUUUGGCGAAGAGAAAUUUUAAAUUUAUGAUUUAUAGAUCAUGAGUUCAAUAUUCUGAAUCAGCAGACCUAAUUGUUUCCUGUCCCCAAUGAUCUUUGGAUCCAGUGUACUAAUAAGAGAGUUUCUUAUUUUCAUUGCCACCAUAGAUGUUACAUUACACCUGAUCUUGGCCUCCAAGGUACAAUUAGCUGAGUCAGUACCAAAAUAAACAUACAAGUUUCUCAACCUAGGGAUCAACAGGUCAAUUAAAUUUCAUCUGAUAGACUCAAAGUAUAUAAUUGAAUUGAAGCUUCAAAAUAUUUUAAAGUUAUUCUGGUUGAUUCAGGAAUAUAUACUGAUACGGAAAAGUUUUAGAUAACUUAAUGGAUUGAAUAUUAAGGUAGUUGUAGGAGCAAAAUAAGUAAUGUGUUCUUUUAAGAUUUGCUUUUCCCAUAACUCCUUGUUUGUUUAAGGUGACAGUUAUCUGACUCUAACCCGUAACUUCAUUAACCUAAUAAAGUUACCAUGCCAGGGUGAAUUUACAAUGUAUAUGUGCCUAUCUUGUGUCUGUGACUUGUAAAUAGAAACUGGAAUUGUAUUUACACAUCAAAGAUCACUGGGGAUGAGAUAAUGGCUAAAAAGGAUAUAAAAUGGAAAACGCUGAAUAAAGGGGGCUGGGAUACUAGCCAGACUGGUUUCUGGCUUUCCUGCCCACUCGCGAGAAGAAAUUUUAUUAUUUUAUCUGUA